GAGCAUAAAGCCUAUGAUAAGCGAACCCCGGGUCUUUUUAAGGUUGAGUGGGAGGGACAAGGAAUUAUCGGGUUGUGUUCAAAAACCUACUACUGUUUUGGGGCCAAAGAUAAGUUUUCUUGCAAAGGAGUCAAUAAGAAAUGCAAUGACAUUAACAAAGAUAAAUACCUUAAUGUCUUACUUACAAAACAAAAUAGUGCUGGGGUGAAUCGAGGGUUCAGAGUUGUAAGUAAUACUAUGUACACUUAUACCCAGGUCAGAGAUGCCUUUUCGUAUUUUUACCCGAAACGUAAAGUUUUGGCUGAUGGAGUUAGCACCACUCCACUCGACACUUAA